UCUACCCCCCAACUGCUGAGCACUAGCUUUCAUACCAUUCUCUCUCCCAAGAACAUCAUCUAAUCACUCAAAAUGCCUCGCUGGACCUUUGAACUCACGCCCGAUACCCUAUCCAAGACUGAAAAAGACACCCUAGCGCAAGCCAUCACCGAGAACUACGUCAAACAUGGCAUCCCCGCAUUCCUCGUGAACGUCUUCUUUCACGAAAACCGCAUUGGCACUUUCUACAGCGGCGGUAAAACACCCCCCAAUACGGUUUUCUUCGUCCUUGAUCACGCUGCUCGCUCGUUUCCCAACGAGACAGUCCGUCUGGCCUUCAUCGAUAGUGUCAAUGCUAUUGUGGAGCCGAUUCUGGGUCCGAAGGGCGUCAAGUGGGAGUAUAAUAUUUACGAACAUCCCCCGGACAAUUGGCGCGUGAAUGGUAUGAUUCCGCCAGUUCAGAACAAGGAGAUCUGGCAGCAGUGGAUGGAUCGAAACGAGGCGGUUAAAUAUGGAGAGUACCUGGCUGCGGGGCCGGGCAGACACGGCCUCAAGCUGUGA